CGCAUUCUUUUGCAGAUUCUCGCCAAUUCUCGCUGAUUCCCGCAUUGUUCGUUGGACCGUAACGCCAGUUAAGUUCGAUCGUCGCGUUCGACGUCACAGUGCAAGCUAUUCGAAUCGUAUCAGUCAAGAGGUUUUUUUAUCUCAUAAUAUCCCGAGAGGACGUCAACAUGUACAAAUUCGUUGUUUUGUCAGUUCUGCUCUUCGGAGCGGUGAUGGCAGAAGUCUGUGAGAACGAUCAGGGACAAUGCUCUGCCACUACUCUAGCGACGUUUGUUCAAGAGAAGGAUUGGAAUAAAGCUACUACUAUCUAUGAUUUUCAUGCUAAAGAUAUCCGCGGAAACGAUGUAUCAUUAGAUAAGUAUCGUGGGCACGUCUGCAUAAUCGUCAACGUUGCUAGUAAUUGUGGCUACACAGACAACCAUUACAAGGAGCUAGUAAAGUUGUAUGAGAAGUACAGCGAGAAGGAAGGUUUGAGGAUCCUGGCGUUCCCAUCCAACCAGUUUGGUGGCCAGGAACCAGGCACUGCUCAGGAGAUCAUGGACUUUGUCAAGAAAUACAAUGUCACCUUUGACAUGUUUGAAAAGAUCGACGUCAAUGGAGAUGACGCACAGCCACUGUGGAAAUGGUUGAAGACACAGGCAAGCGGAUUUAUCACAGACGACAUCAAAUGGAAUUUCACUAAAUUCAUCAUCAACAAAGAAGGAAAGGUCGUCUCCAGAUAUGCUCCAACUACAAGUCCUCUCGAAUUGGAACCUGAGCUGCAGAAGCUCUUCUAAGCUCUUCUUUGCUUUUGUUUAAUGCUGUUUUAAACAGCAACGAGUACUUCCAUGAUAUUAAUUGUUAUUGAAUUAAUUUCUUUCUUAGUACUGUUAAAACGGUGAACUUCAUGAAUACUUAUGCUGUUGUAUCUUGUAUAUUUUCUGUAUCACUGAGAAAGUUGAAAAUUGUUGCCCAUGAGAUUCUAUAAAUAAAUACUCUCAUUUAUACAAA